AUGAGCCUCCCGCCGCGGGGACCGGCGCCGCCGCAGCCCAGCCAGGUCCACGUCGGUCCCUCGAGACCCACGGCCGCCCGCUCCGGUCCGCUCCGGCCCGCGGACCCGGGGGUCUGUCCCCUCGCCCGGCCCCGGCGGGACCCGAGCUGCGCCGCCCGCUCCGGGCCGGGCCCCGCCGCCUCCCCUCCGCCGCCUGGCUCCGCCGGCCGGCCUCCGCCUUCGUCCUCCCGCGCUCGGCCCCUCACCCGCGCGGCAGAGACCGGCCCCUCAGGAGCCGCGGGCGAAAGCCCACCCGGCGCCAACGACGAGCGCAGACGCGGCAACCACCGCAGCCAUCUUGGCACAUCCGGCUCCGGUCUCCGCGGCCGCCGCGCCGCCGACGUAUGUGAGAAGAGAUGGGAUUCUUCAGUCAAGGCCACAAGGGGGAAAUCAGUCUGCAGGACCGAUGCCAGCAGGCUCACGCACCGAGAACGGCUGCUCUGCCUCACUGAGAAGCGCGGGGCCCUCACGCGGGCGCGCUCCUCUCAUUCUUCCGUUGGGCCGGGAGGCUGGAAGGCAGGCGGCGGCGGCGGCGCAUGCGCCGAGGGCGGUAGGCGCUGCGGGCCGCCAAGGGCCGACUGCGCCUGCGUGCUGGUUGCCUGGCGACGGCGCGGUCGCGGGCCCCCAGCGGCGCCGGAAGUUGGUCGCGGGCGACCGUCAGUGCCUGUCCGGCGUCCCGGGGUUUCCCCGGCGCAUCCUCCGCAGGCCGUUCGCUCCACAGAGGCCCCGGCAGGGAAGAGAUGCCUGGCCGCCGCGCGGAGCCCGGUCUUCGCCGACGCCCCCAGAAGGACACGCGGGCUCCGCGUCCCCGAGCUCGGCCCCGCGCCAGUACCGCGCCGGGUCCUCCCACGCCCACCCCGGCCCCGGCCCCGCAGUCCUGCCGGGGAGGCGCGGUUUUCUGGCUCCGUCUCCUCGGCCGCCAGCCCCACGGGGCCCUGGGGUCCCAGCCCUGGCCUAGUGCACGUUGGCGGUGAGUGGGCGCUCGGGCCCCCGGAGCGACCCUGCAGCGGGGCGAGGCGGGUGGGUGCUCCCGCCCCUGCGACGGCCUGGCAGCAUCCACGCCGCCGCCCCCCGCGGAAGAUCGCAGGGCGCGGUGGGCGUUGUCACCUGUGCCCUCGUUUUCCGGAGGAGCCCAGGGAGGCUGGGCGGGUGAGGAAGCGGCCAUCCGUGUACGGCCCACUCACCUGCACGCCGACCUUGCGAGGGCCGGGAAGAGCCGCGGCAUUCCUCUGCAGCUCCUUCCAGAGGGCAGGCGCCGUGGUGGGAGUGCCCGCCCGAGGGCAUCCGAGGCUGAGCUCCCAGCAGCGGCUGAGGUCCUCCCUUGGGAGCCACCCUGGUCCCCAGCGGGGCGGGAGACCGAUACCUGUGCCACGCCAGCAGAGCCCCAGGCGGUGCCGGGAGAGGUUCUGCCCGGCUGACGUGGCACUAGGGCCACUCUGCUCAGCUAACAUUUGCCUUGCAGGAGUCAGAUUCCUGACCUGUUUGAACAGACUUAGGGAACACGUGGUAGGGCGCAGCCCCAGCCCCGCUGGGCGAGGCGGCAGUGACACCAGCCCCACUGCCCCGAUUUCCGUGGUCCAGGCGCUCUGCAGCCUCCGCUUAGGGAGGUAUCAUUAUUAGCCCUUCCCAAAGAGGGGAACGCAGAGGUGGGUUAAGUUGAGUUCAAAGAACCCAAGAGCCAGGAGCCCAGAACUCGACCCUCUAGGUUCCUCUGGAACCCUGUGGUCCCACUCAGGUGGGCUCUAAACUGCAGAGGCCAUAGCUGCAGAAACCAACCUGCCCUAAGCAUAAAAUGGAAGGUCUCUGGACCCCAGGGCAGGAGCCCCAGGGCAGGGAUGUUAAAAAGCAGCUUCUGGUGGCUCCUAGGGGCGUGGGGCACCAUAUCGCCUGCAAGGGGUUGGCUGUCUUUCUUCCCCUCCUCUCCCUAAUCCUAGGAGUGUACGGACAUAGCUCUCGGCAGUCUGUGGCCGGGUGUGGAGUAGAGGGUUCCUGAGCCUGUCCAGCCUCUGGGCUAUAGACUGUUCCGCUGAAGGCCUGGCCUGCCCCUGAGACGCUGUGUGCCUAGUCCCUGAGCAUCAGGUCCUGGCCGCUAAGAUAGAGCAUCAUAAGCACCUAAACACUUCAGGGCUGAGAUGGUGCAGCUGAUGUGUGUGCCAGGACAUCAGGCCUGGUGGGGGCGCAUGGCGACAGGUGAAUGGCUGCGAGCCGCAGGGGCCUCCUGCCAGUGCUGAGAGGGGUCCUGUCCAUGGUGGCCAUCGCCGCUCCUGGUGGAGCUUUAUUGCCUUUGGCUGCAGCAUCCACUGGUUUCUCCAUUCUCCCAUUCUCUGCCCUGCUCACACCUGGAGGCUGGACACAAAAGUCACCACUUCCCUGAAGCCCCCCUAGGUAGGCCAGAAUCAGCACCUGGUGCAAAACUCCGUGGCCACUGCUGUACCGCAUUAUGCAGAGCACACCGGACAGGCUCGUGUGCGUCCAGGCCCUGCCAGGAAACCCUCUGCCCUUGCGUCUUCACAGCCUUGGUCACACACAGCGUGUCCUUGGUGCCUCUGUCCACUCAGCUCCUCCCAUUUGCCGUGCCGUCCAGUGCGGCGGCUGCUGGUGCAUGCUGUGCCUGAGCUGUGCUCUAAGUGUCAACUACGUGCUGGCUUGUCAGGGGUACAGCUAUCUAAUCCAUCAUUUUUUAUUGCACAUUAAAAUG